AUGGCACCGCCCGCGAAGCGUCGCCGGCGGAAUACCGUUGAGGCGUCCGACGAUGAAGACGAGCAGCCCAAGGCCAACACCUUGUCCAAUUUCCUUCUCUCUUCGCCAAGCACUCCGUCAAAGGCACGAGCGCCGACCGCAUCGCCGAGCCCCGUGAAGAGACGGACCGCGAAUGGCCAGUCCAGCAAUGGCAGCCCUCUUCGUCCAUCGCGAUCACAAAAAAAUGGCACCAACUUGAGCCCUAAGAAAACCCGAGAUGCGGGCAAAGUUGACGACAAAGGGAAGACUGCCGAUUUGAAAACCCUCUUCUCCAAGCAGGCGCAAAAGGUGACAAGGCCAGGGGUGGGAACCGACAGAAAGACGGAGCCGAUUGACGAUCUGAUCCACGAUCCUAUAUCCGACGACGACGAUAUAUCAGAGUUCAAAGCUAGCUCUUCCAGUUUGGUUGGGCAGCAUGUGAGGAAACGGCUAAAAGGUUCAAGUGCCGGCACUCAAUCUACUCCCGUUGGCUCGUUAACUAUGAGCCAACGGUUCCUCAAGCCAAGUCGACCAACGACCAUUGACACAUUAAACGAUGACUUACGCCCGUGGUCGGAACGAUUUGGCCCGCGAAACUUGGACGAGCUAGCAGUACACAAGAAAAAGGUUGCAGACGUUAGGAGAUGGCUUGAAGAUGUUAUGGGAGCUCGGAUGCGGCAGCGGGUGCUGAUAUUGAAAGGCGCCGCUGGCACUGGGAAGACCACAACGGUCCGUCUCUUGGCAGGCGACAUGGGAUCUGAGAUUCUAGAGUGGAAGAACCCUGGUGGAAAUGCAGUGACUGGUUACGUCUCGUCAUCGGCGCAGUUUGAGGAUUUCCUUGGGCGAGGAGGCAAGUUUGGCGCUCUGGAGUUGGAAGAACCGGAGCCGUCAUCCACGCCGGUGAGCUCAAACGGCGCCGCGCAAAACAGCGGCGGUAGCAAAAAGAUUAUUCUCAUCGAGGAAUUUCCAAACACUUUUUCUCGAAACUCUACUGCGCUGUCUUCUUUUCGGCGCACCAUCCUUCAGUAUCUGGCGUCGCAAACGCCGUCUCUACAUGCUUUUGGACAGCAGAAGCGAGCGGAACCCAUCACACCCGUUGUCAUUGUCAUAUCAGAGACAUUGUUGACUACGACGUCGGCUUCAGCAGAUAGCUUGACUGCUCAUCGACUGCUUGGACCAGAUAUCCUCCGACAUCCAGGAGUCGGCUUGAUCGAAUUUAACGCGAUAGCCCCUUCGCUACUGUCCAAAGCUCUGGAGGUGGUUGUACAAAAAGAAUCGCGAAAGUCAGGGCGGAGACGAACACCAGGGCCACUGGUACUAAAACGACUCGGCGAGAUUGGUGACAUUCGCAGUGCCAUAUCAUCGCUCGAGUUUCUAUGCUUAAAGGGAGACCAAGAUGCCGACUGGGGAUCCAAGGUUACGUUUACAAAGCAAAAGAAGGGAGCAAAAGACGGCAUCGCCCUCACACGCGGCGAAGAGGAGAGCCUCGAACAAAUAUCUCAGCGCGAAGCCAGCCUGGGAAUUUUCCACGCGGUCGGCAAAGUGGUCUAUAACAAGCGAGACGAUAUGCCAUCAAAUGAUCCGGCAGAAAAGCUACCGAGUUAUCUAUCGCAGUAUUCGCGCCCAAAGGCAUCACUAGUAUCUGUUGAUUCACUGAUCGACGAGACCGGCACCGAUACGCAUACGUUCAUUUCGGCCCUGCACGAGAACUAUGUGCUAUCUUGUGAAGGCACGGAUCCAAUGGAUCUCUCGACCCCAAUAGACUACGUCAACGAGUGUAUUGAGUACCUUUCUCUGGGUGACUUGCUCAGCCCUUCUGGGGACGUCUUCUUUGGCGGACGAGGCGGGUUUGGCGGAAACUUUGGGGAUUCUGCGAGCCAUGUUCUUCGCCAAGAUGAGAUAACAUUUCAAGUCGCGGUGCGUGGCAUGCUCUUCUCCCUACCUAAUCCUGUGAAGAGAAAGACAUGGACCAUGCAAAAGGGCAGCGACGCAUUCAAAAUGUUCUACCCAACAAGUCUUAAGCUUUGGCGAACAAAGGAAGAGAUUGGUGGGCUCAUUGAUGUUUGGUCUGGGAAAAUCCUUCGAAGCGAAAUUGAGCUACCAACCAGGAACAUCGUGGACGGUGCUAGCAUCUUUCGACGGAAUCAGCUAUCUGCCAACUCUAACCAGGAGCAGAAGCAAGCAAACAAAGCCCCUGCAUCCAAGGAUAGGACACAAAGAGAAGACGAAGAAGAAGAAGCAAGCGAUACUCUCCCGAUCAUGACCCUCGGCAGCACAUCUCGCCGCGAACUACUCCUCGAACGGCUCCCCUACAUGGCACACAUUGCUCGCUGCCGCAAGACUGGCAUUCGGCAGCGAGACCUCGAAAAGAUUGUUUCCUUUUCCGGCGUGAGCGUCUCGCCAGACGACGAGUCGGACGCGGAUGAAGAAGGAGUCGCAACAGGAGAGAUGUGGGCAACUGACAAGCCAUCUGAGGACGGCACCCCGAGGAAGAAGAGGAUGGGCAUCAAGGCCGGAACAGGCGUUGCGGGAAUGCUGAAGCAGAAGCUGGUUCUAAGCGAUGACGAUAUUGAAGACUGAAUGAAGAGACUGGGAAGUGGAAAAAAGAAGUUAUAAGAGGGGCGUUUG